AUGAAUUAUUUUUGGGCCGCGCGUGUGGGUGUGUCCCUCCUCGGCCUCUCAACCCCCGCUGCAUUCUGCCGCUCAGGCAAGCGCCCCGGCGCCCCACAUCCCCAGCAGCAGCAGCAGCAGCAGCAAGGGAGCCGCAGUCCCACGCACAACGGCGCCACCAUCUGCAUUCUUCCGCAACAUCAUUUCGGCGUCGCUGAUAAACGUGGUCCAGUCCCGGGGGGCGGCCGGGCCACCGCUCCCUCCCUCGGGCGCAGCGUCCGUGGGCGGGGGGCUGGAAGAGUCCGGGCUCCCGACUGUGGCGGCUGCGUCUGCGCGGUGUUCAGCGCUGCCCGCACCUUCGGCCGCCGGGGUGCCCGCUGCAGAUGCCGCUGGCGGCUGCGCUCCGCCGCCGCCAGGAGGUUUUCCGGCGGCGGUGACUUCCGGCAACACCGGCUCCGCGGACGGUCGCCGGCAAAUGUCUGGCUUCUCAGAGAGCGGCGGCAGCGGUAG